GCCCCCCGCGUCGCGCCCGGCGGCCCGCUACAGUUUGCUGGCCGCCCUCCCCCCCUCGUGCGAGGCAGAGGGCGUCCCGCAAGCACACAGCCGGCGCGCAGCCCGAGCCCGGGCCCGGGUCAUGGUCCGCGCGCCCCCGCCGGGGCCCCAGGGCCACCCCGCGCCAGCCCCCGGGGCCCCCGGCCUGCGCCUCUAGCGCGCCACCCCCAGCCCCGGGCCCGGCCCCGCGCACGCGUGGGAAAGUUGGCCUGGAACCGGCCCGACCAGUUCCUCCCCGGCCCGCGGACCGGCCGCAGGAAGUUGCUGCAAAACUUUUCUGGGGGGUGCAGCGGGAGCCCCCCGCGCCCCCGGGCCGGAUGCGCGCGGGGUAGCGCCCCCCCGGGCCGCGUGGGGUGCCCGGAGGGAGAAGCACGUCGGGGGCGCCCCGGCCCCGCUGCCCGGGGGCUAUGGCCAUGGUGACCGGCGGCUGGGGCGGCCCUGGCGGCGGCGGCGGCGACACGAACGGCGUGGACAAGGCGGGCGGCUUCCCGCGCGCGGCGGAGGACGACUCGGCCUCGCCCCCCGGCGCCGCCAGCGACGCGGAGCCGGGCGACGAGGAGCGGCCGGGGCUGCCGGUGGACUGCGUGGUGUGCGGGGACAAGUCGAGCGGGAAGCACUACGGCGUCUUCACCUGCGAGGGCUGCAAGAGCUUCUUCAAGCGCAGCAUCCGCCGCAACCUCAGCUACACCUGCCGGUCUAACCGUGACUGCCAGAUUGACCAGCAUCACCGGAACCAGUGUCAGUACUGCCGCCUCAAGAAGUGCUUCCGGGUGGGCAUGCGGAAGGAGGCCGUGCAGCGCGGCCGCAUCCCGCACUCGCUGCCGGGCGCUGGCGCCGCCCCCUCGGGCAGCCCCCCGGGCUCGGCGCUGGCGGCGGCGGCGGGCGAGCUGUUCCCGGGCCCGCCGGUGUCGGAGCUGAUCGCGCAGCUGCUGCGGGCCGAGCCCUACCCGGCGGCGGCGGGGCGCUUCGGCGCGGGCGGCGGCGGGGCGGGCGCGGUGCUGGGCAUCGACAACGUGUGCGAGCUGGCGGCGCGGCUGCUCUUCAGCACCGUCGAGUGGGCGCGCCACGCGCCCUUCUUCCCCGAGCUGCCGGUGGCCGACCAGGUGGCGCUGCUGCGCCUCAGCUGGAGCGAGCUCUUCGUGCUCAACGCGGCCCAGGCGGCGCUGCCCCUGCACACGGCGCCGCUGCUGGCCGCCGCCGGCCUCCACGCCGCGCCCAUGGCCGCCGAGCGCGCCGUGGCCUUCAUGGACCAGGUGCGCGCCUUCCAGGAGCAGGUGGACAAGCUGGGCCGCCUGCAGGUGGACGCGGCCGAGUACGGCUGCCUCAAGGCCAUCGCGCUCUUCACGCCGGACGCCUGCGGCCUCUCGGACCCGGCCCACGUGGAGAGCCUGCAGGAGAAGGCACAGGUGGCACUCACCGAGUACGUGCGGGCCCAGUACCCGUCACAGCCCCAGCGCUUCGGACGCCUGCUGCUGCGGCUGCCCGCCCUGCGGGCCGUGCCCGCCUCCCUCAUCUCCCAGCUCUUUUUCAUGCGCCUGGUGGGCAAGACGCCCAUCGAGACGCUGAUCCGGGACAUGCUGCUGUCAGGGAGCACCUUCAGCUGGCCCUACGGCUCCGGCCAGUGACUGGGCUCUCGGGGGGCCCCCGGCCUCUUCUCAGACUCCUCUUUUUUUAAGACUAUGAAGUGUUUGUCUUUUCUGUUUUCUAAAAUGAUCAUGAAACCAAAAAGAGACUCACGGUCGGGACUUCGGCCCCUUCACCGCGACGAGGGUGGGGGGGCGCUGGGGGGCCGACCCCCAGGGCAGCCCGGGCCCCCGGUGCCCCAAGCAUGCACUCGUGGGGUGGCUGCAGCGGAACCCACCUCGGACACUACAAGACGGAUGCGUGGAAGCAAGUAAUAAAGAUGUUUCUGCCCGCA